UUCUCAAUCUCAACUCAUUUUAUUUACAUUCAUGAAAUGUUUAACUAGAGUUAGGAAAUACGUGUUAAAUCAGUGACCACCCUCACAGCUUCACUGUAUGGUAGUGAAACUGUUGAGGACAGAAACCUGUUAGACGAGAUGUCUGAGAGAGAACUAGUGAAUGACAAGACGUCACACGGGAGCUGAAACAUUCCUUUGGUUGUGGUUGUACUGUAGGGUCAGCACUGAAAACCUUCUGCAUGAGUAAACAGGUGGAGUUAUAAUGGAAUUUGCUUGUGGGUUUGUUUACGUGCCGCCAUCAGUGACUCAGAAGAACGACAAGCGAGUCAUAAAACGCUCAGCUCUUCUUCCUCCUGUUAACCGGACCCGUCCUCGCACUCCUCCACCUCCUCCUCCAACAAGCUCUCCUGAAGCCAGAUCACCCAAAGCACCCAUAUCUCCCCCCAAGUUUAUCAAACAGUUGGAAAAAAACAAAGAAGUGAAGCAGGUUGUGAAGCACGCUCCCUUCUAUGAAAAUGCAGCAUUUCACAACAAAACAGAGGCAGCUACUUCGAUCAGUGUGACUCCUCAGCACACACCGAAACCUCCUCGAAGAACAGCUCUUAUCCCCCCUCACAUGCGGCCUCCACCAAACAGCGAGCCUUCUCCUGACAGCCAGCCGCUCCCUGCAUCCAACACCAACAGUCAGGUGUUUACCUAUGACCUACCUGAAGAUGAACCAGAUCUAAAUGCACAACCCUGGGACCCAAACUACUCGUACACCACACCAGAAGGCACAGGGCUCCCAGUAAAGCCGCCAAUGGAAAACAGCAGCAUUUUGCCGCAGACGUCAGCCCCGCCUCUCCCUCCACGACCUUCAUUCAUGAAGUCAAUGCCCGAGUACUUAGCGAUCUUACCUUCGAAGAGCUCAUCUUCUUCAUCCUCAUCAUCACAAAGAUCACCCUCAGACCAGCCAUGUGCACCAUCAAUUACAAGAUCAGCAGAUAAGGGUCACCUGCCAGGGAAUCCUAAUGUUCUCCUCGUCAGUUUAGGAAAAUUACUCUCAGAGGGACGGGUGCAGGCCAUACAGGGAGAGCCCCCCUCCUGCUCUCAGUGUGGCUCCGUGCUCGAUUGCUGCUACGACAAUGUGGUGAGUUCAUGUUACUUCUGUGAGCCCAGUGACUUGACCAGCGCUCCCAGUGAACCACAGAGUCCACUGACUGGUUCCCAGGAUGGCCUCUUUGUGCUCAACCCUGAUGUAAAGUCGCUGUGCGCUGAGGAUGCUCUGCUGCUCUUCUGCAUUGAUAUCUCAGGCUCUAUGAGCAUUACCUCACAGGUGUUAGAGGGAGAGCAAUUUGUCCACAGAUCCCGACUUCAUGUUGUUCAGGAAGCUGUGCUGCAGUCUGUUCAAAGACUGAGUGAACAACAACCUGAGUUACGAGUGGGACUCAUCACCUUCAAUUAUCGGGUGACACUGCAUGGACAUGAAAACUUCCCCUCACAUUUCCUGAGCGGUGCUGAGUUGGCAGACAGUGACUAUCUGAAAGAGGCUGCAGCCAGUUUUCCCAUCCCUCCUCCCCUCUCGCAGACCAAGGACUGCUUACAGAGACAAGUCCAGGGAUUAUCUGAAAGUGGGACCACAGCUCUUGGUCCAGCUGCUCUCCUGGCGAUUGCGAUGGCCUCCAGACAGCCCGGGUCUAAGGUGAUUAUCUGUACAGAUGGGAAGGCCAACACUGAUUUGGGGGAUCUCGAGGUAGAGGAUAACGACGCUCACACCCUCCUCUCGUCCACCAUCUUCUACCAGGAGCUGGGCGAAUACGCUGCCAAUCAGGGUGUGACAGUGUCUGUGCUGUCCAUAGAGGGGACGGACUGCAGGCUGGAUGAGCUGGGACAACUCGCUGAUCGCACAGGAGGGACGGUGGUGGUAGCAAGUCCAAACAGGUUGCAUUCAGAGUUUGAACAUAUAAUCAACAGCAGGACCAUUGCUACACAUUGCACUGUCACUUUACUGCUGCCUCAGUCGCUGUGUGUCAGAGGAGAGAGGGAGUCCGGGCACAAAGGGACCAGAGAGGUGGGGAACGUAGCCCCACACACAGAGAUCACCUUCCAGUUUGGAGCCAAUGAAUCAGACGCAGACGCUCCAGCCUCUGGUAGCCGUGUGUCUAUCCAACUGCAUGUCAGGUACAGGCAGGGGAACGGGCAGAGGAUGCUCAGAGUGAUCACAUCAGACCGAGUAGUCACUGACGACAGCUCGGCGGCCCUCUCCUCUCUUUCUCUGGCCAUCAUUCAGCUCAACUCGUCGCAGGCCAGCGCGUCUCUGGCCCUCAGAGGACGCUUCCUGGAUGCCCUGAAGGAAGGCGAGCCACAGAGGAAGCUGAUUGAAAGAGCGAUAGAGCAUAAUCACAGUGCAGAGGACAAACAGACGUACCAAGAAUGGGUUAAAACGAUGGAGCCAAUAUACAACAACAUACACAACUUCACCAGGAGAAAAUCUGUGAUUUCAGACUCACAGUCCCUAACAGAUGCUGGUGCAGCGCUGUUCUAUACCAUGAAGCACUGCAACAGGAAGUCCAUCUCUCUGAAGAACAAACAGAAACUCUAGCUCGUUGAAAGCAGCUCAACGAUACGCUGUUUGACUUUGAUUAUCUGGCUGAAAAACAUACCCUUCAAAUGUUCCACAAUGUGAAUAAUAUAAACAGAAAACAUUGCCAUAUGUUAAAUAAAGAUCUGUGUGAAGCUGGA